AUGGAGACCGCGCAUGACAACCCCCGCCACGCGGCGCCGACGCGCGGCUCGAGGGAGGGGUCUUCGGCAGCCUUCUCUUCCUUCUCUGCUUCUCAGCCGUCUUCUCCGUCCUGCUCGGGUCCUUCAGCGUCCAGGGAGGCUGCUGACAACGCCUGCUCGUUGUCCGCGGCUUCUCUUGCGUCCGCGUCUGGUGGCGCUUGGGACCCUUCGAAUCCCGAGUUUGCUGCAGAUUCGCUUUUUCCAGUUUCUUCUCUCGCGUCCCUGCCCUCCUCGUCUCUCUACGCCAAUAUUCCACCCUCAUCCUUCGACGCUAUGCAGCCCUGGGCGUCCGCUGCCUCCCCAGGCUUCUCGCCAGUUCUUUCUUCUGCGUCGCCUCCACUCCUGUCCGUGGCUGCGGGGGGAGGUCUCUCCUUCUCCCCUCUCCAUUCCCCGUCUUCUUCCCCGCCUUUGCUUCCUCCUCCUCUGAAUGCUCCCACGUCUUCCUCAACCCCCCCGCAGUCUCCGCUUCCUCUCUCUGCUGCGCAGUUGCUCUCCUUGCCCGUUGAAGGCACCGGGUCAGCGCCGACCUUUUCGGUUUCAGCAGAGGCCGCGCCUGGCGCGUCUUCUCUCCUUCCCCCUCAGCCUCUCACCGCGCAGGCUGCGCUCCGCUGCGGGACGCCCUCGCCAUCUCGUCGCCUCGCGGCGCCUCUGGACUUUCCUCCGCCUUCUUCUCCGCGGGCGGCGUCGCCUGCCGCAGCGGCAGUCUUCGCGCCUCGGCGCGCGUCUGGCGGAUUUCCUGCGCCGGUAUCCUUCUCUCUCCCCGCCGCCCUGCCCUCUGCGCGAUUCUUCGCGAGGCGGCAGCACCCAGCUCGCGGUGCCGCGAGCGAGCCCCUCUCGUCGUCCGCAGCCUCUGCCUCUCUCCACGCACUUUCCUCCGCGCUCGAGGACGCCCGCGAGAAGGAAAGACGCGCGCUGUUGACUGGGUGCGAUGCCCACGAGGCGGAAGGCGACGACCCGUUCCUCUCCGCUUUCGAGGAGCUGGACGAAGGCAUUCCGUUUCCGCUGCCUUUCUGUCCUCCUUCUGAGUUCCUCUGGCGCAGGCCGGGCGCAGACGCGGAGGAUUUCUGGAAGGAGGAAGUCGGGGAACCCGACGACUCCUUCCCGAGUCUCUUCCGCGGAGACGCUGAGGUGUACAGACACCUGCUUCAGGCGCACUUCGAACAGCCGCAGGCCGCUGCGCCCUCUAACCCCAGCGCCGCGUGCCGCCUCGAUGAGUCUCUGGUUCCCGCGCCUCUGCAGGACGAAUAUCUCUCCUUUUCGCCGGCGCCCGCGUUUUCUUCUCGCUUUCUGUCGCCAGCUGCCUUCCGAGAGAGAGUGGAGAGGAUCGCGCGCGCCGCGGAGAGCCUGCAGCAUGUCCCCCCGCCCUCGCGGCUCGAGCUUCGCUUCAAAAAAUUCAUCUCUCUAGCCCAGGAUCUCGCGCAGGAAAACGCGAGAGCUGCCCAAAAGGCGCAAGAAGCGGCUGCUGACGGCAGAAGAGGGGAGACUGCCCGCGAGGGGCGACACGCGCGCCGCGAGCCGCCGCGAGCGUCUCCAGGCCCGGAGCACGACGAGGACGCGGUCGCGGCUCGAGCCGGAAGUUGCCCCGGGCGCGGCGGUCCCCUCUCCGCAGGCCUCGCGCCCCGAGCUGUCUCGUCUGCUCUCUCGGCUUCGGCUUCUUCUCUGGCGCCUUAUUUUGGUUUUUUUCUGUCUGCGGGUGUUCGCGUGCCGUCUGUGGAGGAGGCGGUCGCGUGGAGCGUCGCGCGCGAGUUGCGGUCGUGGCCUGCGACGCUGGACUCGGCGGUGCGGGAGAGCUUGCUCGAGGCGCUGCGGCACAGCCGCGCGCGGCGCUUCAACCGCUUCGCGUGUCGAAUCGCGUGGCCUCCGGUGCCUGCGCUCUGUCCGUACAGCGAAGCGAACCUGUGGCGGGCUUUCCGCGCGGCCGUCGGGCUGCAGACGUUCGCGGCGGUCCAGGAUCUCUUCCGCACGCGCUUUAACCGGCAGAGUGACCUUCACAACCUCGCUGUCAACCAACACGACAUCCUCGAACGCGCCUUCCGCAAGCGCGCGGAGGCGCGCGAGAAGACGGCGUGCACAACCCCCAGCCCGCCAGAAGUGCACGCGCGCGAGGCCGCCGCGCUGCCUCCGCCGUCGUCUGACGCCCCGCCGUCGUCUGACGCCCCGCCGUCGUCUGCGGCCUCCUCGUCGUGUGAGGCGGCGCGGCUCUUUGCUGCGGCGACUACUCCUUCUUGUGUGGAGCCGCGGCCGGUGGGCGGGCGAGUGCGCGCGGACGAAGUCAUUGUCUCGGUGUCGCUGUAUCAUUCGACGCGCGGAGGGAAGGUCGCCUCGUUCGACCUGCUCGCUUCGCAGACGCUGUUGGAUCUUCGGCAGGCGCUACUGGGGUGCUGCGAGGCGGAGUUUGAGCCCGGCGUGCCGCUCUUCCCCGCGAGUUGUUUCCUCAUCGACGGCGUGCUUUACCCCGACGCGCGCUACGAGGAGAGCGAGGUGGAGUACGCCGACAUGCUCGCCGCGCACCUGCGAGGAACGGGCAAACUCGCGGUGAAAAAGAAAGUCUUCUUCCGGAAAACGCGGCGCCGAGAAAGAAGCAGCGCGCGCGAGCGCAGCGCGGGGGGGACCCAAAAGAGAGGAGAAGAAGGCGAGAGGAAGGAGCGCGACCCGAACUCGUCUUCUGGCGGCAGGGGAGAGGCUCUAAGCUUGGCAAGCGAAGACGCGGCAAUGGCGCAAUCCGCGGCGGAGGGACUGGGCAGCAGAGAAGACGAAGAGAGAAGCGAGGAGGCCAACAGGCGACGCGAGGCGCGAGUCUUGCGCAGAGGACGCAUUCUAGAGAGAAGAAUCGAACGCGUGCGCGGCGAAGAAGACAGCGCGGAUCGCACGUGCGCGGUGUGGAGUGUCGCGGCGCCGCCGGUCAAGCGCCUUGACGGCCUGCCGCGACCACGAGGAGAGAGGGAGCAGCGUCCCAGGCACUCAAGUAGCGACAGCCGUCUCGCCUCUGAGAUGGAGGGACGCGGAGAGGGGCAAGAUGAACGCAAGGCGCGUUGGGCAGGGUCUCGGCGAGACGCAAACGCCGGCCUCUUUGGCGAUCAGGAGGGAGUUGAUGCGGCGGGCUCAGCUGGGGAAGACAGCAGCGACGAUGAGGAGCUCGUGGAAGUGGAGGAGGAGGAAGACGUGGUGAUGAUUCCUCAAGACGAGGCGGUUCUUGCAGACCUCGUUCUGCCGCUGCGAUCGCCCGCGUGUUUCCUACAUCAGGGCACGUGCGAACACCGCCUCAUCUUUUGGAAUUUUCGACAGUUUGACUCGCGGAGGGACUGUACGUACACCGCAGCGUACCCCGUGAGGACGUAUAAGCCGGCGGGAAAGACGAUUGUCUGCCACGCCUGCGAGCAGAGUCUGGCUGCGAAAGGCGUCGUCAACAGUUUCCUCUGCGGCCUGCACAACCCAACCUUCCUCUGCUCGCUCUGCUACCGCCUUCUCUUCGGAGAAGGCCCUCAGGCGACUCGCGCGGCUGCGAAGGGAGGCGCGCGCCGAGAGGAGAAAACGAAACGAGGAAACUGCGCCAGACAGCCCCUGGCGGAAGCCGAGGCGGCCCGAGGCGGAGAGCCGACAGCAGAGGAGGACGAAGACGAUGAGCCCUUCGCGGUUCACUUCGAUUUGUUCGAUGGGUAG